AUGAGCUCACAUAGGUCUACCGGCAACAACAGUGAGUCAAGCCACUCCCAAAAUGGCCACCAGAACCUCCAGCAGCUUGCCACGCAAGCCAAUGCCCUAGUUGGCUCCACUGCUCGCGGUGCCAACCAACGCAGCGAGCCAGAGUCCGUCCCCCAGCGUACAGUGUACGUCACGAGCGACGCUCGGGUCGCGUUCAACAAGGUCCAGCAGGAAUAUGCUGCCCAGAUUCUGGAUGGCCCUCAGGGUGAGUCAGCGCGAGUCCUGAAUCAACCUCAGGUAGAUAGGAUUCAGGGCCUGUUUGAGAAGGUGAACACGAUAGUAGAGACUCCUCUUGGUCAAGCCCCUGAGGCUGGGCCUAGGGAGACGAUGGAAGAGCGUGGCCAACUGGUAAUGGCCUAUGUUCGACAUAUACAGGGGCUGAUCGAGGCUUUGUCCGAGACUCCUCGCCAAAGGUAA